AUGUCCAACGUUCGGUUGGGUCGAAAUUGGGCAAAAAACCCUAUCAAACAGAAAAGACCUGUCAUUUGGGGUAAUGCUAAAGAAAUCUUGGAUACGGUAAUAAGUAAACGCAAUCUUAUUGGGAAUUACCUUAUCAAAAUAAUGGCUGAUGGUGGUCAAGGCUUAUUCAAAGUAUGUAUGACCAUCAUUCCAGAGGAUUAUUUGUCCGAAUCUAUCGCAGAUUCAAAUGAAGAUCAUUCGUCGGCGAAAAAACACAAAAUAGACAAAGUAACAAGUGUCCAUAAACUAAUUAUGUUGGCAACAGUACCUGCGAUCAGGGAGAGUUAUGAGAAUGUGAAGAUAUUAUUUGAUUUGAUGAAAAUAAACGACAUUCCGUUCAAAUUUGUGUCUGAUCUGAAACUCUUGAUAAUUGUCAACGGCCAACAAACAGCUACCUCCUCGUUCCCUUGCCCUUAUUGCUUCGUGAAGCUGCAAUAUUUAAGGAAUCGCACAAACAUUAAUAGAGUUGAUCCCCCCACAAAUGACGAGAACAACGGAGAUUUUCCCGAUAAAGAACUUCUGGCGAAUAAAACUUAUGGUGAUCUGCGCAAAGAUUAUCAAGAAUUCGUAUCUUUGGGUUGCGAUAAAAAAGUUGCAAAUAAGUCCAGGAGUACCAUAAAUACACCUCUAUUCGUCGAAGAUGGUAAUGUUCCAGUACUGCAGAAGUGCAUUAUCCCCGAAUUGCACAUUCUCCAAGGGUUUGUGAAUCAUUUGUUUUGGAUAGUUCUCGUACCUCUUCUCAGCAAGGAAAAAGCUCUGCUCUGGCCCCAGAAAUUAAAAUUGGUAUCAAAAAACUAUCAUGGAGAGGCUUUCGAAGGGAAUGCCUGCAAAACUUUACUUAAGCGAGCAGAUGUGCUAUUGGAACCAGAAAUCAGUGAACACUUGGGCGGAUCUCUAACUCUUCAACCAUUCAUUGCGGCUUUUAGAGCUAUGGAUAAAAUUGUGCACUCAUGCUUUGCGGUCAGGAGGGUUCAAUCUGAAUUGAGUUAUAAUAUUAAAGAUUUGAAGACAGCUCUUCUCGCAAUAGACGUAACUGAAACUCUUAAAAUUCACAUUACUCUAUGCCACAUUGACGAAAGUCUCGAAUUCUUGAACGAUGAUAAAGGUUUUGGUUUAUGGUCCGAGCAGGUUGGCGAAUCGUUACAUAGAGAAUUCCUAAAGUUUUGGAAUAGACGUAAAAUGAAUAAUCUAGCUAGAUGA